GAUUUCUAUUUAACAUCUCACAUCCACAUGUUCAUAUUGAGUUUGCCUUUGUUUAUCAAGGAAAGUCUGGUGUUGAAGUCGAGGACUCAAUGUUGUUCGUAUUCACCUACGAAGAGCACCCUCUUCAACGUCAUAUUGCUUGUAUGUACGACUAUCAUGGCCAAAUUAGGCUUUUUGGCUGUGCUUCUACAUAUCAUCCAGGUUAAUGCAAUUUCUUGGCAAGCAGCUCCUUCAACAUCGAUCUCAAGUCAGACUACGUCUUGGCUACCGAUUCAAACACCAAAGCCGUCUUUGAUUACAGCGUCGUCUCCCAGCGCCAAUCAUACUUACGAGUCAUCAAAUGUUUGUGGAUGGGUAGAUCAUAAUCCUGACAAUUCGUAUACAUGUGGGGGUGCCGCAACAUGCUUUUGGAACUCUUCUCUCAAGUUAGUGGGAUGUGGACAUGCAACCUCGAUGAAUUAUUUCACCUCUUGCAUUCCCUACAAGUCACUUAGUUAUUGUGAUAGCUCUUGCUUUGCGAAUCCGAGUAUUGUUCGUUGUGGCUCCGAUAUUCCCUAUUGUGCAACUCCUCGUGUCGGGCCCGAAGGAAAUUACUCAAUCCUAGCAUGUCAAGGACAUAAACCAUAUGGAAGGUCCGAUAUAAAUUUGGUGUACAAAGGACAAACAACAGUCGGUCAUCUUCCUAGAUAUCUUGGUGCAGACGGUAUCGUCACAUAUGCUACGCAUACACCGAGAAUGCCAUCAUUAACUGCACCAAGCACCGGGAAUCGUUCAUCCUUUGGACUUGAAGGCGCACCAGUACAACUCUCAAGCACAUUCUCUCAAAAGCCAACAUCAAUUUGUCAUUCUAGACCCUAUCAUAAUGGAAUCAGUGAUAUGAGCGCCGUCCCUGAAGCAGCUAUUGUGGCAGGAACUAUUGUAGGGAGUUUGGUGGUUAUAUGUGCAGUAGCUGGCUUAAUUUUGUUUCUUGUUUUUAGAUAUAGGAGACGGAUACCGACUGCUAAUAUGCAGGCGGAUCUUGAUAUGAUGCCGCUGGAAGAAUUGGUGGGGAGAAAAACUAGUAAUGGCCGGUUGUGCGGGUCGGCGCCUCGUGGAUCGAGACCAUCACGGAAGUUCCAGUUGAUGGAUUGAUUUAAUGCUCGAUGUAUCGGAUUAUACAACGGGAUCAGAAUUCUCGAGGUCUAUAUAUAUUCAAAGUCAGACUAAUUGCAGACUGAUCGAUCGAGAGAUUGUUUAAAGGGCCGUUGGACGGUUUAUUCAGUUGUACCUAGUGGUUCCUCAUGAACACAUAAUGACUUAAAUUCAAACCGGAAACUUUGAUUUCCGGGAGGCUGGAAUCAUGUUCCAGUAACAUAGUAACUCUCAUCUUUUAACUCACCAUGUUCUCACCUCUCGAGCACUUCCCCAUCUACAUCAUUUAGUUACACGCUCGUCAUUGCCUUCUCUCAUGGCUCAACAAUUUCGCCUUGAAAUAUCAAUCUUCUUAGGUUAUUAGCCCAUUCUACUAAUGGCUGGUAUUAGGACAAGAUUCUUUUCUUUGAAUUCAAUGUAUUCUCGUUCCGCCCGGGUCUAAUAUCAUUCGCGAUUAUUGACAGGCAAGGUCUCUCUGAUUCUUGAUGAACUUCAACCGCAGCUGAACUAGCAUGAUUUCCUAUCCAUUAAAAUGGAAGUAAACCUAUAAAGAUACCCCCCAAAGUUAUUCGAGAUUACACGUAACAUGAUGUCAUUGGAUGAAACAAUUCUGCUAGCCACAAAGCCUUUUGUGACA